AAGAUAAAAAGGGAGAGGAAGAGAGAGAAAAGGUGUGCUGUGCAGUGCAUUGCUGCAUAUUCAACCAUUUGACAAACCCAACAAGAAACAACAACCCUUGUUCCUCCUCUCCCAACUGAGGCUCCAGUUCGCUACUUUCUCAAAUUGCUACUGCCAACUAACAUAUCAUCAUUCUCCAAAUUGAAAAACGUACUGGAUUCUUCAGGUUAAUCCUAAUUUUAGCAUGUUGAGGCUGUGGAAAUGGUACCAGAAUUGUUUAGCAACCCACCCAGUUAAAACCCAGGUGAUUAGCUCCGGUAUCAUAUGGGGAGUUGGCGAUAUUGCCGCUCAGGCCGUCACUAACUCCACCGCCAAACACUACCACCUUCAAACCCAUGAUGAAGUUAAAGAACUAAAAAUCAAUUGGAGACGAGUUGCAACCACAACAAUAUUUGGGCUCGGUUUUGUUGGUCCGGUUGGCCACUUCUGGUAUGAAGGGUUGGACCGUAUCAUUAGGGUGCGGCUAAAGCUACAGCCAAACUCCUUUCGUUUUGUUGCUUCAAAAGUAGCAGCUGAUGGAAUAAUCUUCGGGCCCUUGGAUUUACUCGUGUUCUUCACUUACAUGGGGUUUUCUUCCGGGAAAACUUCUGCUCAGGUUAAGGAAGAUGUCAAGAGAGAUUUCCUCCCAGCCUUAAUUUUAGAAGGAGGUGUAUGGCCAAUUGUUCAGGUGGCCAACUUUCGGUUUGUUCCAGUUCGGUAUCAACUUCUGUAUGUCAACUUCUUCUGUUUGUUGGAUAGCUGCUUUCUUUCAUGGAUUGAGCAGCAAGAAGACGCUCCUUGGAAGCAAUGGUUCAAGUCUUUUCUGCCUUUGAAGGAACAAGAAGGACAAGGCGGGUGAUUUCUUCUUCUUGUUUCUAUUAAGCUUCUACUGCCGUUGUUGUCAAUCCACAAUCAAGACUUAGCCAGAUACACAAUUACCUUUGGAAUGUCGGCUUGCAUAUUUGAGGUACUUUUAGAGUUUCCUCACUUCAACAUGAAAAAGAUGACGUUGAGUUCUCAUCCAUUCUUGUUUUGGGUGAUAAUAUCCUAAAGAUACCACCAAGAUGUGGGAAUCAAGAUGAAUUCAUGGAAUUGCUUUCGAUGUUGAGUACUCUUGUGGAAUUCAAUUUGAGUUGACAUGGUUUAUUAGGCUUUUGCUUGACUACUAAUUUUGAGGACACUGUCAAUUUCGAAUUUA